CCCAGCCAACCUCCCCGCCGCUCCGCCGCGUCGCGCUCGCCUUCCCCGCAAAGAUGGAAGUCGUCAACCAGCUGGUGGCCGUCGGGCAGUUCCGGAUCUUCAAGGAGCCUCUAGGCUUUGUGAAGUUGCUAGAAUGGUUCUUUUCCAUCUUUGCAUUUGCAACAUGUGGCAGCUACAGUGGAGAAUUCCGCCUGAGUGUUGAAUGUGCGAACAAGACUGAGAGCGAUCUUGAUAUAAAGGUGGAGUUUGCCUACCCCUUCCGGCUCCACCAGGUGUAUUUUGAAGCUCCUACUUGUAAAGGGAACAAGGAUAAAGUUUUCUUGAUUGGAGAUUGCUCCUCCUCUGCUGAAUUCUUUGUCACCAUUGCUGUCUUCGCCUUCCUCUACUCCCUUGCCGUUAUUGUAGUCUACGUAUUUAUGCAGGACAAGUACAGGGAGAACAACAAGGGACCCAUGAUUGAUUUCAUCGUCACGGCUGUUUUCACCUUCAUGUGGUUGGUGAGCUCCUGUGCUUGGGCCAAGGGCCUUUCAGAUGUCAAGGAGGCCACUGACCCUGACAAUGUGAUUGAAGGCAUGGCUGUGUGCCGGAGUGAAGGCAACAAGUGCAAUGAACUGCGGGAGCCAGUCACCUCCGGCCUCAACACCUCUGUGGUUUUUGGCUUCCUGAACUUGGUGCUUUGGCUGGGGAACCUGUGGUUCGUGUUUAAAGAGACGGGCUGGAGCGCCCCCUUCGUCAAGUACCCACCUGCCCAGGAGAAGCCGCCAGCACCUGAGGCCUUUGGCGACGCCUACAACCAAGCGCCAGGCUAUGGGCAGCAAGACACGUAUGGGCAGCAGGGUGGCUACCAGCCUGAUUACAGCCAGCAGGGCUAUGGGCAGCAGGGAGAGUAUGGGCAGCAAGGUGUCCAAGGCGGGCCCACUUCCUUCGCAAACCAGAUGUAGGCGGGUCCCUACCCCCAGUAGGAGGCGUUGUGUGGAGGAAGCUACCAUCCUGUCCCUGCCCCCCAUGUCCCCUUGAGCAGGGGAAAGGGGGGGCUGGUGGGUGCUUGCACUGGGAGGGGGCUGGUGGGGUGUCAUCCCUCCCCCUCCCAAAUGAAUGUAGAUGUUUGUGCUGUUUAUAUAUAUAUAUUAUAUAUAUAUGAGAAACUACAACUAGAGAUAGACCGCCCCCUCUCCCAUUGCCUCGUGCGCACACACUCUGCCCGAUCUCAUUUCCCACCCCUGGGACAGCUCUGUGACUUUACAUGGCUCCCUUUUUACCCCUGCCAUCUCGGCUC